UUGUCAUGCUGGCCACCAUUCGACUCACCGUUUCUCUGCGGUGACGUGUAGCAGCCAUUUUCGUCCUAUAAAUAUUUCUUGUUGGUACACCCGGAAACAAUCUCUUAGUAACAUUGUAGCAUAUUUUUAUAUUUACGUUUAUCGUUAAUUAUUGCCCAAAAUGGUACUAUUGUUUAUUUAUUCGUUAGUUUGCAUGUCAUGUAUCCCACCUAUUUUAAGUUUUUACCUGCCUGGACUUGCUCCUGUUACUUACUGUGAGAAAGGUAAAACUACAGCAACAUGUAAGUCUGAGAUACCUAUAUUUGUGAACAGACUGAAUUCUCCAGAAACAGUGGUACCCUAUGAAUACCACAGUUUUGAUUUUUGUACUACUGAUGAAUCACACUCUCCUGUAGAAAACCUUGGUCAAGUUGUAUUUGGUGAAAGGAUACGACCAUCUCCGUAUGAGAUGACAUUUUUAACAGAUAUUAAUUGCAAGAAAAUCUGCCAGAAGAAAUAUUCAAAAGGCGAUGCAGCUUCAAAAAGCAAACUUGACUUCAUCUUGAGGGGUAUUAGCCUGGAAUAUCGACACCAUUGGAUUAUUGAUAAUAUGCCAAUCACCUGGUGCUAUGAUGUUGAAAACAACAAACACCAUUGUAAUACUGGCUUCCCUAUUGGUUGUUAUGUUACAAAAGAUGGCUAUAGAAAAGGCAUAUGUCGGACAAGAGAUUCAUACACUGAGACGAAUACCUAUUACCUCUUCAACCAUGUUGAUAUAGAUAUCACUUAUCACAGUGGAAAAGAGGAAGAUUGGGGAGAAUCUUUAACUGGCAAAGGUGGAAGGAUUAUAUCAGCCAGAGUUACACCACGCAGUUACAAAAGUGAUAAAUGUAAUGGACCUCCUUUGGCUAUCAAAGCUGAUAACAAAAAUGACAUAACAAUUGACUAUACAUAUACAGUUCGCUAUCGGGUUGAUAAUAAAAUUAAGUGGUCAUCGCGAUGGGAUUACAUAUUGGAUUCUAUGUCUCAUUCCAACAUUCAAUGGUUUAGCAUCAUGAAUUCCUUGAUAAUAGUUCUCUUCCUCUCUGGUAUGGUAGCCAUGAUCAUGCUGAGAACUUUACAUAAAGACAUUGCCCGUUACAACCAAAUGGACAAUGCUGAAGAUGCUCAAGAAGAAUUUGGAUGGAAACUGGUUCAUGGAGAUGUGUUCAGACCCCCAAGGAAAGGGAUGCUUCUUGCUGUUAUUAAUGGAAAUGGCAUUCAGAUAUUUUUCAUGACUUUGAUAACUUUAGUAUUUGCCUGUCUUGGCUUCCUUUCACCUGCCAACCGAGGAGCUCUUAUGACUUGUGCAAUGGUUUUAUAUGUUUGCCUUGGGACACCAGCUGGAUUUAUUUCUGCAAGAAUUUACAAAAUGUUUGGUGGUGAAAAGUGGAAAUCAAAUGUUUUAUUGACUGCAUUCCUUUGCCCAGGAAUCGUUUUUAGUAUGUUUUUCCUGUUGAACUUGAUUCUUUGGGGUAAUAGCAGCAGUGCAGCCAUACCAUUUACAACCCUCCUGGCACUGUUGGCACUUUGGUUUGGAAUUUCCGUACCACUUACAUUUAUUGGGGCUUACUUUGGCUUCAAGAAAAGACCUAUAGAGCACCCUGUGCGCACUAAUCUGAUUCCACGCCAAAUCCCAGAUCAGUCAUUCUAUACAAAGCCUUUACCUGGCAUUAUCAUGGGAGGAGUGUUACCUUUUGGCUGUAUAUUUAUUCAGCUAUUCUUCAUUUUAAACAGUUUAUGGUCACAUCAAACAUACUAUAUGUUUGGAUUCCUCUUUCUUGUGUUCAUCAUCCUCAUCAUCACUUGCUCUGAAGCUACCAUCUUGCUGUGUUAUUUUCACCUAUGUGCUGAGGACUACCAUUGGUGGUGGCGGUCAUUCCUUACAAGUGGUUUCACAGCAGUUUAUUUCUUCAUAUACUGCAUUCAUUACUAUGUUACCAAACUGGAAUUGGUUGGAUCUGCAAGCACAUUGCUCUACUUUGGAUACAUGUUAAUUGUUAUGUUUUUAUUUUUCUUAUUAACUGGUACCAUUGGCUUUUUCUCCUGCUUUUGGUUUGUUUCUAAGAUCUAUAGUGUAGUCAAAGUGGACUAAAUGCUGAUUAUUUGUAUUUUAAACUGUCACUUGUUCAGCAGCCAUUUCUGUCAAGUCUUACGUGUAAGCAAACACAGAUUAUGCAUUGAAUGGAAGGAAACUUUGAAGAUUGCAGUCAUCUUCUUUUUUUUUUUUGUAUUUUCAAUUUUGUCAAUCUCCAUAAAUGCACCAAAGGGUGGGGUGCAAAUAUUGUUUCUUUAUUGGAAACAUUUUCCUUUUUUACUUGACAUUAACACAUCGCUUAAUAAAGCCUUCCCUUCUUAGAAGCAUAUAGAUAACUGGCUGACAAGCAGCCAAGUACAGAAGUAUUAUUUUUAUAUAGUCUCUGGUAUAUAAUAGAAGAAAUUAAAAAGAUCAAGGAAUUUAGGACAAAUGGGGUCAUCCGUUUCAUCUAGAUGUUCUCUCUUAUUAACUCAACAGAAAAUAUUUUCUGAAGAAAAAUUGCGAAACACUCCCUAGUUCUACUACAAAUGGUUAUUCAUCUUUCUCUUCAUUUCUUAAAUAUAGCUAUUUUUCUUUUUCUCAUGAAAACUUUGAAAUUCCAUAUCACUCCUUUAGCUUACUCAAAGCAAAUUUCUGGUAUCCAGGUAAGAAAGAAUUUAUAAGAAAAAAAAAAAAGGAAACAAAAAAGAAAAUUUGUUUGAUAUUUUGAUGUUUUGUAGUGGUUUUUAUGUUUAUUAGUGUAUUGCCUAUUGGUUAGUUAUAAGCCCUCUAUGUUAAGGACUUAAUAUUAUUUUUCUGAUUUUUGUUAUUUUCAUAAAUUCUAACUGCUGGUUUUUAAGAUCUAAUAGUAAUGUUGGAGAUCUUGGAAAACUAAAUUGUAAACUUUACAUCAUAAAUUUCAGUCUGCAUAAAAUUAGUUUACAAUUUAAGAGAAGUUUUUAAUUCUGACAAUCUGUUAUCUCAGUCAUUCUGCAUUCUUCCAUGUAUAUAAUAUCUAAUACACUAAUGCUAAGUAUUAUAAUAUUAAAUCUAUACAUAUACAUACAUAUAUAUACAUAUAUAUAUAUAUAUUGACUCUAAUUAAUACUUAUUUGACAAAGGAAUUCCAUAGAGGAGAAAUUGCAGAGAAGGAAAUAAGGUUGUCAUGGUACAUUAAUUUUUCAUGAAAUCGGGUGUUAAAUAAAGUUUUAUGUAACAAAAUAAUUUAAAA